AGUCGUCGCGUCGGCCGUUGUAUACCACUCUCUCACAUUCAAUCAAUCUUUGGCAGACUUUGGCUACACAGCUCCAUCUCUCUCUUCCCUUUUGAUUUGGUUGGAUCCAUUUUGAUUUUAAGCAGCUCUUCAAGAAGAAAUGUCGGCUUACGCUGCGCUGAUUUCUCUCCACCAAAUUCUGGUAACCAUCGUUUACUUCCAACCGUGGAUCACUCACAGCACAAAUCAACUCCAAAUCCUUAUUAUCAACGCCGCUUUUCUGCUGAAAUUUCUCGAUGCCUCCUCUCGUGCCCAAACAUCAGCUCUGGAGACGAAGAUGAGGGAUGCAGCUUACAAAGCAGAAGAUCUUAUCGAAUUCGGAAUUCUCGAUUCCGAAAGCAGAAUGUCCUACAGUCAUAUGAGAAUCACGUUUUUCUACUGCCUUUACAUCAUCUUCGUCAUCGUUUCAGGUUUUCUUCUCUUAAGCUACGUUAAAUUAGAGGCCGUACCUGCUCGCACCGAGUUCAUCCUCGAAAUUAUGUAUUGCUUGAUGAAUGCCCUGUUUUUAUAUCUAUGCAUUCGAGAAAUAUAUGUUUUCCCGCCACUUGAUGAUUCUCCAGAGCUGAAUCGCGUGUUGUAUGAUUUUGAGAUCAUCGUGAUGGAGGCGAAUCGGAUCAGUGAAGCUCGCGAGAUGUCGUCUCAUGAGGCACUUGUCUCUCUCCGGCGAAUUGUGGAUUACAUCCUUGAUUCCGGUGACAAAGAGCAACUCAGACCCCUUCAGGAAAAGGUCAUUUUCUUGUUGGAUUUUCUGGGAAAUCCUUCUACUGCUUACAUGUCGACCUUAAAUCUCGAUGCAACCAUCAGACACGCAGUUUCUAAGGCGAAAAGAGCUCUUAUUGAGUUCCAACUUCCUCGAAAGUUUAGUCUCGAAUUCGAGUGGAGACGCUUCUCUGCAUUGAUGAGGAGUGACUCGUCGGUUCUUCUUCCACAUGCCUUGUCCGUCGUGUUUAUCAGAAUCUGCAAGUAUUAUCUACGAACAUCCACAUCAGAGAUGACACCUUCUGGAAUUCCAUGGAAAGUGAGCAUUACACUGGAAUUCCCAAAAGAGAUGACACCUUUUGGAAUUAUGAAGCAGUUGAGCAUUACACUUGCAUCCUACUUAAGCAGCAUUGUGGUUGCACACGUGGUUUUAGCAGCCCAAAGAAACUCUAAGGCAUCAGAGAAUCAAGAGUUGCCUCGUGUAAUAGAUGAUUUCAGUAUCAUUGUGAGAGAUGUGAUCGAGAUCAAGGAUGCCUAUGGAAAGACAAGUGACUUGCUUGCUCCUCCUGCUGCUGCUGCUUCUUCAUCUGGACAGAAUUUAGGAGGUGCUAGAAAAGAUGUUGUAGUGGGACUUGAUGGUGACUUGUUGAAGAUGAAGGAGCGUUUGCUUCGUGAUUCCUCCAAACGCGAACUUGCCUUCAUUCAUGGGAUGGGAGGCAUAGGUAAAACUACUCUUGCUAGGCAAGUUUUCAAAGAUCCGGAUAUCUAUACUCACUUUGAUGUCUGUGCUUGGGUGACGGUUUCUCAGGAGUACUCGUUGCGCCAUGUCCUGCUAUGCCUUCUACAUUCAGCACGGAUCCUCACAGAAGAAGAUAAAAAGUGCCAAGACGAUGAUGACAAAUUAGCUCUGUAUCUUUAUCAAUAUCUCAUGCACAGGAGGUAUCUCAUAGUAAUGGAUGAUGUGUGGGACAUAGAGAUUUGGGAUUUCUUGAGUAGAUUUUUCCCAGAGAAUGAUAAUGGAAGUCGUAUCCUCAUAACUUCUCGUCUGCCAAGUGUGGCCAGUUGUCUCGACUCUGGUAGUCCUCUUCAUCAUAUGCAAUGCCUCAAUGAAGAUGAAAGUUGGAAUCUACUUGGUCAAAAGGCUUUUGGAGAAGAAGAUUGUCCAUUAGAGUUGGAAUCCAUUGGAAGAGAGAUUGCUACGAGCUGUAGAGGGCUUCCUCUUGCCAUUGUUGUAAUUGGAGGUCUCCUCUAUAAGGACAUUCAAAUCGAAAUCUGGAGAGACGUAGCAGAAAAAUUAAAAAAAUCACAAUUGAAAGAUAUCAAAGAGGAGCCGUGUUUGGAGAUACUAGGUUUGAGCUACAACCACUUACCUCACCAUUUGAGACCCUGCUUCUUAUAUAUGGCGGUUCUCCCGAGAGAUUGUGAAAUCCCUGUCUCAAGACUUAUCAACUUGUGGGUUGCAGAGGGAUUUUUGGCACCAUAUGCAUCUAAAACAUUGGAAGAAGUGGGUGAGGGCUAUCUUAAAGAUCUCAUCGACAAGAACUUGAUCUCGGUAUCUAAGAGGAGUUGUAAUGGCAAGAUGAAAACAUGCAGCAUCCAUGAUCUAUUAAGGGAUGUUUGUGUCCAAAAUGCUAGCAAGGAAAAGUUUCUUCAUGUUGUGGAUUCGGAAGGAUAUGUAACCCGAGAAUGGGGUGAUGAAGCUCCACGUAGACUAAGCAUUCAUCCUGAUGCUCUACAAGUUGAUGCCAAACAUGACUAUCUUCGUUCGAUCCUCUGUAUUGCUAGUAAGUCUAUUGAAAACCCUUCGGCUUUCUACUUGGGUUAUGUGUAUCUUCGAGUACUAGAUGUACUUGAAGUUCAGUUUGGUGAGUUUCCUCAUCAAAUCACUAAACUUGUUCGUCUAAGAUAUCUUGCUCUCCACUAUGAUGGUUCGCUCCCUCCGUCCAUCGCAAAACUUGAGUAUCUUGAGACAAUUGUCCAUCAUUCUUCAUUUCGCAAGUACCCCUUACUUCCUAGGGUGAUAUGGAUGAUGCUGCAUCUAAGGCAUAUCUAUGUGAAGCCAGGUUGCUACUUGUCCGAUUCUCUCGGUUACCAACUGUUCCCGCGUUCUUCCUCCCUUGGAUAUUUGCAAACGCUUGUGGGGAUUAGAAACUUCAAAUGGAGCAAAGGCAUCGUCGAAAGAAUUCCCAAUUUGAAGAAGUUGGGAAUUUCGAUGGACGUCCCCUCUUCUGUAGAUUGGUCAACAUACCAGCUUGAUUCCCUUGUUGAUCUGCACCAACUUGAGGCUUUGAAGAUCAUUAUCAAGUAUGAUGAUCUAGAGCUGGGCAUUUCUGCUGAUCCGCCAACGCUUGCGUUCCCUCGAAAGCUGAAAAAAUUGAGUCUAAGUGGGUGUAGAAUUCCAUGGGCAAGCAUGAGAGCCAUUGGUGCACUGCCGGAUCUUGAAGCACUCAAACUGAGACGGGAAGCAUUCUGUGGCUCGUCGUGGGAGACUGUAGAAGAGGAGUUCCCUAAACUCGUGUUUCUGCUUCUGGAAGAGCUGAGUUUUACGAGGUGGGAAACUGAUGACUCCCACUUCCCUCGACUUCAACACCUGGUUAUAAGGUCAUGCGUCAUGCUAGAGGAGAUCCCUUCUAGCAUCGGUGAUAUUUCUACACUCGAGAAGAUCCAGUUGGAUCAUUGUCGUUCCUCUGUUGUGGAUUCUGCAAAUGAAAUUCAAGAAGAACAAGAAAGCAUGGGGAAUGAGGCCCUCAAAUUUGAAAUUGAACAACGGAGGAGAGAGGUGGAUGAAGUGAAUAUGGAGGCAGAAGGAGUGGGAGCAGGAGUGUUUGAAGUUGUUAGAGAUGCCAUCCAAAGCGGUGGAUAUGAAAUCUUGAUCCUAGUGUUGGGAGUGGGAAUCAUUAUAAUUGGGGGGUAUUACUUAUCAAGAGAGGUGGAAAUUGGCUAUUAAUGUACUCCCUCCGUCUCACGAAGCAUGACACAGUUUCUUUUUUGGUCUGUCUCACGAAGUAUGACACUUUUUUAAAAAUGACAAAAAAUUUACCCUUUAUUCACAUUUUCACUUUUUCACCUACCACACUUAACACACAAAAUAUCAAUUUCUUAAUUCUCGUACCGAAAAGAAGUGUAUCAUGUUUCAUGGGACGGAGGGAGUAGUAAAUCUCGAUCAUGAGAUGGGAAUCGAAUCAUGAUUCUUAUGUUCGUAAUCUUAUGAUUGGUUGAAAUUUGGAAUCACUAUUUCUAAUGGAAUUAAUCAUUCCCAAGUAUACAGUGUUUGAGUUAAAAGUAGAACCACUUACUUUAUAUAGAUGAUGCAUUGCUGCAGAUUGAUUGAUGUAAUUGCUUGAGACUUUGGCCA